AUGUCUUUGAUAAAGGACUUUCAUUUGACUUUUGAAACGACUAAUGAAGACGGUAGUUAUUCUGAAGGAGAUACUAUAGUGGGCACAGUUAGUUUCAGACUGACAACAAAUGUCAGCGUUAAAAGCCUCACUGUAAAAGCCAAAGGAGAUGCAAAGACAAAAUGGACAGAAGGAGUAGGAAAGUUCCAGAUGACGUUCACUUCAAAAAAGAGAUAUUUCAAAGUAAAGGAACCCUUACUGGAAGACAAUGGUAAAGGCACUUCACUUCCGAAAGGAGUUCACACUUUUAGGUUCGGACUCAAAAUCCCAGAGGGGAGCAUGCCUUCAUCCUUCAAGGGGGUAGAUGGAAAAAUUGUGUACAUGUGUGAAGCAAAAAUAUCCAGGAGCUGGUGGUGGCCUUCUAAAGUUAAAAAAAAGAUCAACUUCAUUUCCAAGACGUUUCAACAGUUUUGGGAAGGGAUGCAUCCACAAUCUGGUACAGUGAGUAAAAACAUAGGUGGGCUCUCCCAGGGACGGGUCCAAAUGUCUGCUACCAUUGACAGGAAUGUUUGCACUCCAGGUGAAACUUUAUCUAUUGUUGCCAAAAUCUGCAACUCCUCUUCCAAGAACACGAGACCCAAAAUCAAACUUGAACAAAAAACAGUGUACCGCAGCAAGUACAAUACUGAGAAGUUACUUAAAAAUCUAUUCAAAGAGGCCGGGCGCACUAUCAGUCCAAACUCAGAGCAAACUGUGUCCUGCCAGUUGAAGAUUCCUGAUGAUACCAUCUCCACUAUCCUUAACUGUGAAAUCAUCUCUGUUGAAUAUUAUGUUAAGGUUUCUUUGGACAUUAGCUUUGCCUUUGACCCAGAGGUGGUGUUUCCACUGAUCAUCGUUCCUUCCAGAUUUGCAGCCAUUCAGCCUGGUGAGGCUGUGGGGCCUAACCCACCUGGGACAACCGAGACCACAAGCUGCAGUGAUGUCUCUUCUCCUGUCUUGGACGCUGAAUUAGAUCCUAGACCCAAAGAGCCGGGUGCCUGUCACUACCCCUCCCCAGAUCCCACUCAGCACAUAAUAUAG